AAGCCCGGAUGUUGCGCUGCGGUUGGUAGGCUGCUGCGGGAGGCGGUGGCGGUCGGAAACUGGAGGCGGCGGGGGACUGAGGUGGAAAGUAUUUAACUCUCAACAAAUGAAUUCUACACUUGAACUCUGCUGCAUUCCUAUGCCACCUCCUCCUUUAGAAAACUGAUCCAGAACAGUAAUAAAACUGAGCCAGACCUACUGGUGCAAACCUGUAAUCCCAGCUGCUCAGAAGCCCGAGGAUCGAUGGAUCACGAGUGCAGGAUCACGAGUACUUGCCUCAGAGUAGUAAGAAGGACCGGAGAUGUGUGUUUAUCCAGUAAUUUUGAUGCCCUGGAAACCCUCAGGAGCACUGUCAUGAGAUAGACAAAUAGAAGGUAGAAGAUGCUGGGAUCUGAACGUGGUGUUGUGGAAGAAUGGUUAUCAGAAUUCAAGGCAUUACCUGACACUCAGAUCACCAGUUAUGCAGCAACUUUACACCGGAAAAAAACACUUGUACCAGCCCUUUAUAAGGUUAUUCAAGAUUCAAAUAAUGAGCUCCUAGAGCCUGUCUGCCAUCAGCUGUUUGAACUCUAUCGUAGUUCUGAAGUUCGACUUAAGAGGUUCACACUGCAGUUUUUGCCAGAGUUGAUGUGGGUUUAUUUAUGGCUUACAGUUAGCCGAGACAGACAGAGUAAUGGUUGCAUUGAAGCACUUCUGUUAGGAAUUUACAAUUUGGAAAUUGCUGAUAAAGAUGGAAACAAUAAAGUUUUGUCUUUCACUAUCCCUUCCUUAUCCAAGCCUUCAAUAUAUCAUGAACCCUCAACGAUUGGGUCCAUGGCUUUGACAGAAGGUGCGUUGUGUCAGCAUGACCUCAUCAGAGUUGUUUAUAGUGAUCUUCAUCCUCAGAGAGAAACGUUCACUGCGCAAAACCGGUUUGAAGUCCUGAGUUUUCUCAUGCUGUGUUACAAUUCUGCUAUCGUGUAUAUGCCCGCCUCAUCUUACCAGUCCCUUUGUCGGAUGGGCUCCAGGGUUUGUGUGAGUGGGUUUCCACGGCAACAUGAGAAACACUGGACAGAACUCUGUGGUCGAAUAGCACUGGAGCCUGGAUUUAUGGUGCAGCUUCUCACAGGGGUUUACUACGCCGUGUAUAAUGGACAGUGGGACCUUGGCCAGGAAGUUCUUGAUGAUAUCAUUUACAGAGCUCAACUAGAACUCUUUUCUCAGCCACUACUGGUUGCCAAUGCCAUGAAAAACUCACUACCAUUUGAUGCUCCUGAUUCUUCACAAGAAGGCCAGAAAGUCCUGAAAGUGGAAGUCACCCCAACAGUGCCGAGGAUUUCUCGGACUGCAAUCACAACAGCUUCAAUCCGUCGGCACAGAUGGAGAAGAGAAGAUGGCUUUGACUUCUCAAACGAGGCUGACACGAGUAUUCCUGGCUCCCCGAUCCAACUCGGCUCCACUGACCUAGGGAUCAAACGUGUGCAAGAGGGGGAGGUGCUGGUGCGCAGGAGCCCUGAGCACGGCUCGCCGGAGCCCAACUCAGCAGCAGCCACAACAGAGGGUGCUGAAAGUAUAAAUGGAGGAGAAGAGUCUGUAAACCUGAAUGAUGCAGAUGAAGGGUUUUCAUCAGGGGCCUCCCUCAGCAGCCAGCCAGUUGGGACCAAAGCAUCCUCCUCUUCUCAGAGGGGAAGCUUGCGCAAAGUAGCAACUGGGCGUUCAGCCAAAGAUAAAGAAGCAACUUCCACCAUCAGAUCCAGUGAGAGCCCUCGAGAGUCAGUCAUGCGCAAACAGUAUGGACAGCAGCCAACUGACCUUAGUGUAGAUUCAGUUGAGCUGACACCAAUGAAGAAACACCUGAGCCUGCCUGCUGGCCAGGUGGUGCCAAAAACCAGUAGUCUGAGUCUAAUCCGGACAGCCAGUGCUUCCUCAAGUAAAUCCUUUGACUAUGUAAAUGGCAGUCAAGCAGGUACCAGCAUCAGGGCCGGCACAGAGGGAGUCACCAAUCUAGCAGCUAACAGUGCUAACCGAUACUCAACCAUCAGCCUCCAGGAAGACCGGUUGGGUCAAGCUGGUGAUGGGAAAGAGCUUCUCAGCCCAGGAGCCCCCUUAACCAAGCAGUCCCGCUCCCCAAGUUUCAACAUGCAGCUGAUAUCCCAGGUGUAGCUUCAACAACCUCUCUGCUCUUUCUGCUUUCCUUGUAACCGAACGUUUCAUUGUGCAAGAAGACACUUCAUCCCGCAUUGUGAAAAUACUGGUCAUCACAAUCAGAUUUGAGUUGGUUUAGUUAGAUAUUCAUACUGUAUUUUGUAUGGAA